AUGGAAGACCAUGUUAAACGUAUCGGCAAGAAAGGCUGGGAUAUCAGGCGAUUCCCAUGCUUUCGAAUAUUUUUGUUUUUACGUCUUGAUCUAUCCCAUUCUCCAAUCUACCCCAAGGUUAUUGAGGAGAUACGAGCAAGAAGCUUCUUUUUGGACAUGGGGUGUGGACUUGGGCAAGACAUCCGACGACUCAUUCUCGAUGGUGCCCCAGCCGAACACCUAGUUGGAUUGGAUAUUGAACCUGCCUAUAUUGAUUUGGGCUACGAACUAUUCAAAGACGCUCCAGCCUUCAGUCUAGAUUCAUCGUACAGGACUUUUUCCAAGACACUCCAGAAAUGA